CUGUUGUUUGUAUGAGCUCUUUUUCAAAAGUUUUGGGAAUCGCGAGCUGAUGUUUCCGCUUCCGCUACAUGCACUUCCUGGUGCUGCUAUUGCUUGAGCAGCUGCUGCAGACACAACAGAUCCGCGUGGACGAUCCGGAGCUUCUGACGGAGGAAGAGGCACCCGACUGCCCAGAGGCGCGGUUGGUGUCUGCCGCGCCCUUGGUUUUUGAAUUGGCGCACCCGUUCGCCGUGAAGGUGGGAUGGGUGACCAACCACACCCUCAAGGCCUCGCCCAAGUGUCAAUCAGAUGCUCCGGGUCUCUGCGCCGCCUCGGUGAUGCCCGUGUACGGCCCCCCUGGCAACGUGGUACAGGGCUCUUUAGCUCGGAUCACCGCGCACGCUGAGUGCAUCCGACAGGGCCACUCCCAGCUGUUUCUCUGCCCGGUGGGUGCCUCCAGCAACACAUGCGCUGCCGCCCUGCGCCUCCCCGAGCGGCCCUGGCGUUUGCGGCACUGGUUCCAAGCAGUGAUCCCGGCGGCCAGGAUGGAGCGCUUGGAUGAUCCAGCCAACCGCAGCUUCCUCCAGGACUUCGUGUUGGAAGGCCUCUUUCUGCUGAUUUUGUUGGCGCUGGUGGGUGUCUUCUUCUGGCUGGGCAGGGAGAUCUGGCUGCUGAGAAGUCAGCCGCCUGCGCCGCAGGGGCCCUCGGAGCUCAUCAUCCCCAGCGACUUGCAGAUCAUGAAGCAGGGAGUGCGAGACGUGCUCCACUUUACCGCGGGCUGCGUGCUGCUGCUCUUUGCGGCGAUGACCUUCCUGCAGAAGUUCGGGCGCGGACAAGCGAUGGAUAAUCUGCUACUGGCAAGCCCCCUUCUCCUGGGUCCUGCUGGCACCUGUCGGAUCUUCUUAUGCAACAGCCGGCGCUUGCUCUUCCACGCGCUACUGCGGCACCACGUGGUCUUGGACUUCCACAGGCAGGGCCUAGAGCCUUUGCUCCUGUGGCUCUACGGCGGCUUCGGCAUGGUGGUGGCCGUGCUGCUGCUCAGCUCCUGGCAGUGCGUUCGGCAGAACCUCAUCAGCCCGCUGGGCAUGAUGGUGGGGCUGAUCGUGUUCAGCUCCCCUCUUCAGUACAUGCUGUUCUCCCUGAGGAACUCUUUGUCGCUGGAGAAGGAGGUCUUGGACCAAACGUGCCUCAAGAAGCUGUGCGAAGCUUCGGAGCUCGCGAAGCUGCAGCGUUUGGCUGUGGGCUGUUUUUUGGCGGCCGCCCGGAAGGAGCCCCGGUCCGAGAAGCCAUUGGCCUCGGACAUCGAGGCGGCCAAAGCGUUGGUUCCCGCAGAGCACACGCGGGCGCUGCAGCUCUCGGACAUGCUGUGGAUCCCGAGGCUGGUUUCGCCGAAGCCCUUCCUGGUCACCUCUAUGCCUUUGUUGGUCUUCCUCACGCUCUUUCUGGCCCUCGCGAACAUCGCAUGCUACACGGACCAUCAGAUCGAGGUGCCAGAGCUCACCUCCCUCUCUGCGGACGUGCCAGGCCUGCACCCUCCCUUCACCCCAGAGGUGAGGGAGUACACCUUCAUGGUGUGCGAGGGCCAGAAGAGCAUCACGCUUGCCGCGGCCGCCAACCCCGACAAGACAAGCCACAUCUCUGCAUUGAUCAUCAGCGGUGCCCUGCGGGAGACGCAAAAGGAGACGUCCGUGUCUGGCACGCUGAGCUACUACGUGCCCCUCAGGCGCCUCAAUGCGACCUACCCCACCAUCAUCGCCUUGUCUGUGGGCACACUGAGUGAGGUGCUGGAGUAUCGCAUCACGGUGAUGGAAACGGAGCCGGUCCUGAGGAGCCUGGUGCUGCGCGGUGACAACUACGAGCGGUGCAUCCCCCAAAGCCGGCUCGAGCAGACCGUGGCUUUUCCAGAGUCUGCGCAGGCUCACCUGCGCGCGGAGCUGGCGGUGAUGCGGUGGUUGUACGGCCUGCCCCAGGAAGCGCCGGCGGCGAGCUCAAUGAGUGUGUCUCGGGAGUUUGUGACGGUCUUCAGGACCCAAGAGGAGGAAUGCAGCGCCUGGUGCAAGCCCCAACCCUUCUGCUACGGGUUUCGCCCAGGCGCAGGGGGCUGCUUCUUCGUCUUCGGACCCAAGGUGUCUGACGAUGUCAAUUCCUGCUGGCAGCUGCAGGCUUUAGAGGCGCCCACUGUAAAGGACGGGAAGCAGGUGGCAGCGAGCGCCUGCAACGAGUUGCGCGAGUGCCAACGAGAGGUGGAGUCAGAGGGCAGGCUUGUCUUCGAUAUCAGCAGGCUGGUGUCGAACAAGAAGUUGUCGCACGAGAAGUUGGCUUUCACGGUUGAACUCCGAUCCGGAGCCAGCGUUUUCUCCGCGAACUCACACGAGCUAUCCUUGCACCGCGGCACGCCGUGGGUGAAGGAUUUGUUGGAAGCGUCAAACCACCCGGAGCUGAUCAAGACGGUGGUGCAGUGGCAGAGGAGCCCGUCCGGCAAGCAGCGGGUGAAGAUCCAGGUGUCCUACAACCCCCGCAAAUUGGGGAAGUAUUUCGUGCUGUCCUUCCGCGAGGUUCUCGAUGAUCCCGAGUUCGGUCUCAUGCUGGGACCGGAUUCGCGCUGGACGUUUGACGGCCCUUCCAUACCUUGCACUCAGAAGGCUUGGAGGUUCAGCUUGUGCGGCGCACGGCCCACAAUUGCGCUGCAACUGGACACCUGGCGGCCAGUGGUCCACGCGGAUAUCUUGGUGAAGUACACGCACGACAUACGGCUCUUCCCGAUGCGUCCACUGGAGCUUGAGGUGCAGUACAAGGAUCUCGUCUCCGGCCAGCAUUCAGUCGUCCAAGCGGCGACGGUACAGAACUGCUCGCUGCCCACGUGUCGGGGCAAAGCCGGCGAGCAUUUCGACGAGGGGGGUUUCUGCCCCAAGUGCCGCCACAUGUGGGUUCGUCCCAAUAUCCGCAGGUGCAAAACCAGGUGCCUGAAGGAGGCGGCCGAGUACUGCGCACAGGUGAGGACUUCAGAUUCCGAGGUGGAAUUCCUCGCUUUUGCGUCAACGUCGGCCGAGAAAAGCCGUGCAUUCACAUUCACGAAGCUGAAGAGCUACAUCGGGCUGGAGGCCACAGAAUACUUCCGGAAACUGCUGACGAAAGACGUGAUCCUCGCCAUUGCCGCAAACUGCGACUACCACACAGGUUUGCUGGACAUCGUGGCAGACUGGCUCUUCUCCGCCGCCUUCACCCCGGCCUUUCGGGAGAUCUUGGCGCACGCAGGGCAGAAUCCGAUGAUGAGCAGCUGGGGUCUGCAGGAGGCACUCCUGAGCAUAUUGCUACCCACAACACGGGCGCACGACCUUGCCAAGACAACUCAGGUGUGGGGCGGCCCUGCGCACUUUUUCGACGCAUUGGAGAGAGUACUGCCCUUGUCGACGGUGAUCUCCACCCAGGUGCUGCGGCCCUGGACGUAUGCCGUGUGCCAAGCGGCAGCGCCAAGACAAAGGCGGCAGCGGUUGACCUUCCAGACGAUGUCAGGAUUAUUAUCACAACUGGACGAGGCUUACGACGACCGGGAGGUCCAGUCCAUCCAAACCGCGCUGCGGAUGAUUCAGAGGUGUGUGAUGCUGACCAGAAAGGAACAGCAGCCCCAGCUGGAGCCCAUGCAAUGCGGCCACGUGUUGUACAUGGCGCACAACGAGCAGGUCUUCCAAUCGCUGCUGGCCUUUUGUAACUCCGGUCAGCAGAUUGAGAUCGAGCUUGCCUACACUGGAGGGAUGACGGUCAACCAGACCGUGCUGCAUGUUGCAGCUGCGCGAGAUUUUGGCGACACUUUGAACAUGAUCUUCCAGAAGAGGCCAGCGUGCGGGAAGAUGCCGCUGUUUGACCAGUUGCCCGAUGUCAACGCCGCCUUCACCGCUGUCGAAAGUAUUGGCAGCUGUGACCUGGCCCUCAUGCGCAGCACUGCCAUGCAUAAUGCGUGUGCAUCAGGCUGCUGGUCCUGUGUGGAGUCUCUGGCGCUGGCAAACGCUUUGGUCUCGCAGACAGCGGACGUGUAUGCCUUGAAAGUGCAGGACCCAGAUACUGAAACCGUGCUCGACCUGUUUGACGAGAUGGAUGAGAAGGACAUCGCCUUCAGCGUGGUAUUGGGGCUGCGCCCCAUUCACCUGGCGGCGAUCCGCUUGUGCGGCGGUUGCUUAGAACGGCUGCUGCAUCACGGCGAGGACCCAGAAGCGGCCAUGGAGUUGCAGGUGAAGACGGGUGGCAGAUGCACUUUGAGGCCCCUUGACUUGGCAGUGGCCUUUCACUGCGAGCUCUGCGUGGCUGCCUUGCUCAACGCCUCCAACGCCUCGGAGGUUGUCAUCGACAACAUCACCAGCAUAACCUCCCUUCCGUUGCUGCAACUUCUGCCGCACGCCACGCGGGCGGUGCGCUGCCCCAACUGGAGCAACGCCACCAACAGUGGUGCGCGGGAUGUAUCCUCCUAUGACUUGCUCAGAUUGAUAGCGGAGAGCAACUGGGGAUUUCGUGUGGAGAGAAGAUCUGAUCCGCAGUCUUUGGACCAAUGAACCGACCCAAUUGGCCGGCCUUUGGCUUUUCUAUUUUCAGCACAUCGUUCACCAAGUGUUUCACUCGCGCAAAGUGUCUCUCCCUGUGAUGUCUCACCAUGCCUCGCAAUGGCAACAAAGGUGUUCACGCCAUGGCCUGGUACCCUGAUCGACUUUGCCAGCCCAACAUGGAC